AUAAACAACGUUGACCCAAAAAAAAAAGGAAAAAGAAAAAAAGAGUAAGGCCAAGAAAUUUGCAGCAUAUAUAUAUAUGUAUAAAUUGACUCCAAUGAAUGGACUCUACUUCUCUACUUCUGAGUUCAAUUCCAAUGGCCUGCGACAACGCCUCCCCGUUCGAGACUAGCGAGAUGCUUGCGAGUUUCGUGACCUCGACACCCCUGCUGGACAGCGCGUGGCGGAUCUGCAGCCACGCCAAUGCGGUGGCCCCGAGAGGAUAUGUGGUCGAGGUAGCUGGGGUGUGGGCUACUUGGCCUUUUCUGGAGUUCAAGUGGUCGGGGGCUCUGACUCCGAGCUGUGUGAUCCUAAAUGGGGAUCAAUGGUCCCGCUGGAUGUGGCCAGCAACGGGCUGUUCUCGGCUCUGAAGAGCCCAGUGGAGGAGGAGGAGGAGGAGGAGGAGGAGGAGGAGGAGCAGCCGGUGAUGGUGCACGCCGGAUUUCUGCAGCUGUUUCUGGAUUUCUAUGGGAACUGCAACUUCCAAGACCAGAUGACGUUGCUAGAGAGGAGCAAUUGCAAGUCAAUAGUGAUCACUGGCCACUCCAUCGGAGCCGCGGCCGCAGCACUCACCUCUCUUUGGCUCCUCUGCCGCUCCUCCUCCUCCAUCCCGCUUCUCUGUAUCACCUUCGGCUCGCCCCUCCUCGGCAACUCUGCCCUCUCGAAGGCCAUACUCCGGGAACGGUGGGUUGGGAGUUUCUGCCACGUGGUCUCCAAGCACGACAUUAUCCCCCGCCUCCUCUUCGCCCCUCCCUCGGCCCACAUCCUCUCCCUACUACACCUAUGCCACUUCGGAACAAACAGCAUUCCCGAAGAAGCGCUGUUUAGUUACGUGCUGUCGUGUGCUGGGAAGGCGGCGAAGGAAGUGGAAGGGUUGUCGGAGAGUGACGGGUUGUGCUUCACGCCGCUGGGAACCUAUGUGUUCUGCUCCGAGGAGGGGGGGAUUUGUCUGGACAAUGGCGCUUCAGUCGUCAAGAUGAUGCACCUGCUGUUCUCGAGGAGUUGCCCUAGACAGAGCACCGAGGAUCACUUUAAGUACAGCGAGUACAUCGGGAAACUGCUUCUUCAGUUCUUGAAGAGGAGGGAACUGCAGGGAGAGGAAGGGGGACUGGGGUUGAACGGAUCGACCUACGAUGCUGGAGUUUCAUUGGCAUUGCAGUCGUCCGGAAUAGACAGACAGGAGAUGGUCUUAGGAUCGGCAAGAGACUGCUUGGAAAUGGCGAGGCAGAAUGGAAGCACGCGGAACCUGAACAGCGCUCACUUAGCAGUCCGGCUGUCCAAGAUCACGCCCAACAGGGCCCAGAUUGAGUGGUACAAAGCACUAUGCGACGGGUCUGAGGAGCAGCUUGGGUACUAUGACACGUUCAGGCAGAUGCGGACCGCCAAGCGGGAGCACGCCGUGAACAUGAGCAGGGUCGUCCUCGCGACCUUCUGGAAUGGGAUGGUCGGAAUGUGGGAGAGGAACGAGCUGCCUUUCGACUUCCACCGGAGGUCGAAGUGGAUCAAUGCAUCUCAAUUCUACAAGCUACUUGUGGAGCCCCUGGACAUAGCCGAUUACUACCGAAUGGAGAAGCACCGGGAGAAGGGGCACUACAUCGAGAAUGGAAGGGAGAGGAGGUAUCGGGUUUUCGACCGGUGGUGGAGGGAAAGAAGUAAAGGAAAGAAGAGUAGUAGCAAGAGGAACAACUUUGCGGGCUUGACUCAGGACUCUUGCUUCUGGGCGAGGGUCGAGGAAGUGAAGGAGUCAGUCGAGAUGGCUAAGACGGAGACCGAGCCAAUGAAGCUAGGGGCAGUCUUGGAGAGGAUAAGCAAGUUCGAGAAGUACGCAGGGGAAUUAAUUGAGAGCAAGGAGGUGUCCAGGGAUGUUCUAGCUGCAAACUCGAGCUACAGCAAGUGGCUCCAAGAGUGGACAGCAUUGAAGCCGAGGUUUCAGCAACUGAUCAAUAAUAGCAAGUCCUAGCAAUAACAUAGCUAGUCAUGAUCAGCCUUACUAUCUCCAUACCAUCCGUCGCAUUUGAUUUCACUGAACCGGAACUAGAGCAUUGAGGAAGGAAGAACCGCAAAGGAUUUCAGAUGACUUGGAUCCGCUCAGAAUUUCCAGCCUGAGAGACAAGUGGAGAGGGAAUACCGUGGUAGAUAUGUGAUAUUUAUGAGAGAAGCACACUGGUCUCAGCUAUAGUAACAAAUUCCUAUCGUGCUAGUCAUGAUCAGCCUUACUAUCUCCAUACCAUCCGUCAGCAUUUGAUUUCUUACUUUAAGAAAGAUCUUAAAGUAAGAGCUUUUAGGACUUACCAUGUCAUCUCGAGCCAGGUUAGUCCUGGUUUUUCGUCUUUGGAUUCUCUUUAUGUUUAUUUCCAUAGGAAAGAUAAUCACUCAUUCUAGAUCAAAGAGUGAUUCUGAGCCUGACAGUUCUAUUUCUCCUUCUGUUGUAUCAUAGGGCUACGUAGUCUACUCUAUAAAAUUAUUUAUUUAUAAAAUCAGGAAGUCAAACUUCAGAUU